AUGGAGGCCGCAAGCCUGCAGCUUGACUCCUUCUCAUCCACACCGGCGGUAUUCUCCCCGGCCCCAUCGCCUACCCUGGACGCACAGCAACCACAAGGGGGUGAGUGGAGAGACAUUUUGUCAAAGUUACUCACAAAGACUGAUUUUGAAGCCCUUUCAGACAGACUGGGCCGCGUGGUCCAUGAAGAGGUGGCCCAGCUGCGCGCAGAUGUGGCAAACAUAGAGGCCCGCAUGGCAGUAGCAGAGACUGAAGCAAGGGCGCUCAGGACUGAUUUGGAACUCACAAACGUGACGGUCACGAAACAAGACGCUGAUCUAGCCUUCCUUACCACAUGGGUUGAUGAUUUAGACAACCGCGUCCGCAGGAUGAACCUGCGCGUCCGCAGAGUGCGGGAAGGAGGCCACUCAGAAAACAUACCGGAAAUAUUGCGACAGAUCUUUGCCCAGGUACUUGGAGGCCAACCCGUACCCAGAAUUGGCCUAACCCGCGCACACAGAGCGCUGAGACCCGUACCAGCACGUGAGGAACAACCGAGAGACAUAAUAUGCUGUCUGGAAAAUUACCACCUAAAAGAAGAAAUAUUACGCACAGCCAGACGCAUGGGGACGAUCCAAAUGGAAGGUCAGACUGUAUCUAUCUACCAAGACCUUUCACGCUACACCCUGCUGGCCAGGAAGGCCCUGCGGCCAGUGACGUCAGCGCUGCAACAAGCCAACAUACCGUACCGCUGGGGAUACCCGUUCUCCCUCACAGCCAGACACGGACAAGACCAACUGACAAUACGGAAGCCAGAUGAUGUCCAAAGCUUUCUCCACACACUAGGCCUCCCAUCACAACAGAUGCCGGACUGGCUGGCGAGAUUAUUCCUCCAACAACCACCGGGCCCGCAACAACAACAACCACGCAGACCCAACGUGAACCAGCAAAGGCCCCGACCCCAGCACCAAUGCGAAUGGCACUAG